CACUUCUUCCCUCCCUCUCUCACUGUCUCUCCCUCACUUGUCUUUCUUUCUCUAUCUUUUCGUGUGUGAGUGUGAGUGUAAAACCUGCUCACUCCACCAUUUCCACAGUCUUUCAAUCAUCUUAAAAAACCACAAAAAAGCAAGCACAAGAUGAUGAAAGAAAUGUGCAAUGCGCCACCCGGUUUCCGGCCAACAAAAUCUGCUCCUGCGUCACCGGCGAAGCCACUUGGCAUCGCCCGAACCCAUUCGGAUACCUUCCACGUCGCCAACAAGGUCCCGGCCGGCGACACCCCCUACGUCCGUGCCAAAAACGUUCAACUAGUGGAGAAGGAUCCGGAGAGGGCGAUACCCCUAUUCUGGGCCGCCAUUAACGCCGGCGACAGAGUCGAUAGCGCGCUCAAAGACAUGGCCAUCGUGAUGAAGCAGCAAAAUAGGGCUGAAGAAGCCAUUGAAGCAAUCAAAUCAUUACGCAGCCGUUGCUCCGAUCAAGCGCAGGAAUCCCUCGACAACAUCUUAUUGGACCUCUACAAGAGAUGUGGGAGAUUGGAUGACCAAGUAGCGCUCCUGAGGCGCAAGCUGUUCCUAAUCCAGCAAGGCAUGGCCUUCAACGGCAAGCGCACCAAAACCGCCCGAUCGCAGGGGAAGAAAUUCCAAGUCUCCGUCGAGCAAGAGGCCACGCGACUACUGGGAAACUUAGGGUGGGCGCUGAUGCAACAGAACAACUACAUCGAAGCAGAAGAGGCGUAUCGGCGAGCGCUUGUGCUGGCGCCGGACAACAAUAAGAUGUGCAAUCUCGGCAUUUGCCUGAUGAAGCAGGGCAGAAUCGGCGAGGCUAAGGAUACGCUGCGGCGGGUGAAGCCGGCGGUCAUCGACGGGCCGAGGGGCGUCGACUCGCACCUCAAGGCCUACGAGAGGGCUCAGCAGAUGCUCAGAGAUCUCGAAUCGGAGAUGAUGACUAAAGGAGGCGCCGAUCGCGUCGAGCAGAGUAAGCUGUUCGACGCCUUUUUAGGCUCCUCCGCGAUCUGGCAGCCUCAGCCGUGCAAAGAGAGCCGCGCCGCCCCCGCCUUUCCUGCUGCCGCCGCGGCCUUUGCUGAUGAGAAUGUCAUCAGCAGAAACAUAAUCGCUGCUCCGGUCAACCGUUUAGCCGCCUUUCCUGCUGCCGCCGCGGCCUUUGCUGAUGAGAAUGUCAACAGCGGCAACAUAAUCGCUCCGGUUAAUCGUUUAGCGGCGAAGAAUAGUAAUAACAUAAUCGCUCCUCCGGUUAAUCGUAUAGCGGCGAAGAUUAGUAAUAGCAGUGUGGUGAAUCUGAACAUCGACGCGCAGCCGUUCUACUCGUCUAAGGUGGCGGCGGAGGGAUUGAAGAGGAGCAGAUCGGGCAGUGCAGCGGAUCUCGCGGCGGCGAUCGAGAAGGAGGAUAAUUGGGCGGAUAUUUUGCCGGAUAGCAAGGAUUUUGAGGAUGCGAUAAUGGCGGCCGUUUUGGGAGGUGAGAGCGAUGUGUUAAAGAAGAAGAAGGUGGUGGAUAAGAGGCUCAAGGUUUUUCAGGAUAUAACGACGUCGUUGAGUCCUAAAGCAGCAGCAUCGCGGAUUUUUUAACUGAUAAGUGAAAACUUAUGCUAAUUUGAUUUAAUUUAGUUACAAUUCCAAAUUUAUUAAUGUUCAUUUAAGGGCUAGAGAUGGAGAUGAGCUUGUUCUCCUUGAGUUUAUUACGACAUGUUCGUGUAAUCCCACACUAUAAUAAAAUGGUUUAUUUCAGUAUUUUCAAUAAAACACUGUCUUUUUUCGUUUA